UGUUGAAGUGGCUAGCUUUUGAACCAUGUCCCUGCCUCAACCCCUGGCCAGCUGAGCCCACACAGAGGAGCACAUCUCUGGGCAGGAGGCCUUGACAGCAGGCCCAAUACUCUGGGACUCUAGGACCAGCAGGCUGAUCUUCAGCUCCAGGACAGAAAGAGUCUGUGGGAAAGAGCACCCCAGGGAGGAGGCAGCAGACGGGAUAAAGAGAGAGAGAUGAGUCCUGAUCACUGCAGCUCAGUGAAGACACAACACAACACACACACGUGAAACUAUAACUGCAGGAGAUACUUACACCACUGGUAGCAAAAAGGGAGGUCUGGAGGAACUUGGAGGAGACGCCAGCAGCCAUCCAUCCACCCAUCAGUCCAGACAACCAGCUAGCCAGCCAGCAGUGAUGCAGGGGCUAACAUGGAGCCUGUGUGCCCUGCUCUGCCUGUCUCUCUGGGAGCAAAGCUACUGCAGGCGCUCCAGGGAAGCCCAGAGGACCAAAGAGUAUUCUCUCCACAGGACAAAGAGAGCUCCCCAGGAUCCUGAUGUAAAAAAGUGUUCAUAUACUUUCCUGGUACCUGAGCAGAGGAUCACAGGUCCAAUUUGUGCCAGUGCCACGGGCCCUCAGCCCGACAAGGACAGGGUGACUCGCAUGGACAUUGCAGACGUGCGGGAGGUGCUCAACAAGCAGCGACGUGAAAUUGAGACGCUGCAGCUGGUAGUGGAUGUAGAUGGUAACUUGGUGAAUGAGAUGAAGCUACUAAGGAAGGAGAGCAGGAACAUGAACUCCAGGGUGACCCAGCUCUACAUGCAGCUGCUGCACGAGAUCAUCAGGAAAAGGGACAACUCCCUGGAGCUGGCCCAGUUGGAGAACCGUGUCCUCAAUGUGACCUCCGAGAUGCUGCGAGUGGCCUCUAGGUACAAGGAGCUGGAGGCUCGUUUUGCUGUCAUGGCCGGAGUGGUCAACAACCAGUCCAUUCUCAUCACUGCCCUGGAGGAGCAGUGCCUUAGGACCCUGGGGCGCGGUGAGGUGCCUGUGGUGCCCCCACUAGUACAAGUGGUGCCACAAAACAUACCAGUUAACAAUCGCUUCACCAAUGAGAUACAGAGGGACCACACAAACCGGGCCUUCCCUCGGGGGUCGCGCAUGGACUCCCCUACUGCAAGCCCAUUUGGACUCAACCCACCACCGCCACCACAGGGAACACUCACCUCAGAUGGUCCCUUCAGGGACUGCUACCAGGUACGACAGGCAGGCCACACUACCAGUGGCAUGUACUUGCUUAAGACAGAUGGCAGUGAUCGGCUGAUCCAAGCCUGGUGUGAACAUGGCUUGGACAAUGGAGGGUGGACCGUGUUACAAAGAAGGAGAGAUGGUUCUGUUAACUUCUUCAGAAACUGGGAGAAUUACAAGCGAGGCUUUGGAAAUAUAGACAAUGAACACUGGCUUGGCCUCGACAACAUCUACAACCUGGGGAAGCAAGGUGACUACAAGCUGAUGGUAGAGCUGGAGGACUGGACGGGGAAGAAGGUCUACGCAGAGUACAGCAGCUUCCACCUGGAGUCCGAGAGUGAGGGCUACCGCCUGAGGCUAGGCACCUACCAGGGCAAUGCUGGGGAUUCCUUGAGCAGCCACAAUGGCAAACAGUUCACCACGCUGGAUCGUGACAAGGAUGCCUUCUCUGGCAACUGUGCCCACUUCCAUAAGGGUGGGUGGUGGUACAAUGCCUGUGGCCAAACCAAUCUGAACGGAGUAUGGUACAGUGGGGGGGUCUACCGCAGCAAAUUCCAGGACGGCAUCUUCUGGGCAGAGUAUGGAGGAGGUUUCUACUCCCUGAAGUCAGCUCGCAUGAUGAUCCGACCGAUUGACUGAAACCUAGGACCAUGGCUCCACUCAAAUAACCUGUGACCUUCCUCCCUCUCAGUUUCCCCUCCUCAUCUUUACCUACCCAUGAAUAAAUAAUGUAGCAGCAGAACCAAAGAAUCCCUGCCAACCUUUGUCUGUGCCAGAUGAGAGAUAGAGGAGGAAGAGACGGUGCCAUAUGUCCAUGGCCAAGCAAUAAUGACUCCAGCAUCUGUGCAGCGGCCAGCUCUCUAGUUGACUCUAAUGCUGAGAUGAAAGAUCGCUGCCAUUGCCCUUCCUCACUCUUUGCUCUCCUCAACCUCUCAGGUUGGACGAUAAUAGCCCAUCUAAUUCCCUGGGAACCAUUCAGUAUUAUUCUCAAGUGUCCUACUCUACUCACUAAUGUUGAAACUCAAUGUGUAAUAAAAGGAAAUGGUCAUUUACUAUGGACAUGAUUUCUCAUGAGCAGCUAACGGUGGUGACUCGAUGGAAGUGGCGAUGCCCUGACAAAGGGUCAUUGAUGUAUUGGAUGUCUAAUCUUAUCUAGUGUGAAAAUCUGUGUUGCCAGUUAGAAUAUCUGACAAUCAAAUGGUUUAAAGACAGGUCUUGUUCACUUGCUGUCUUGUACUGUACAUACUACUUGUUCCUGUGUUUUAGCUGGUCAUUUGGGGUUUCCCAUGACCCCAAAGAGAGAAUGAACUCAUGCAAAAAUUUUGCUUGUCCCAUGUGUGUAAGGCUGAGCUAGCUUUAGUAUGUAAAUAUAUUUGGCUUUAUUUGUGAAAGUUAAUUUAAGAGGUAUGAUUCUACUCAGGCCAAAUGUUCCCUUGUUGUCCUAUCCUCUGUUAUUUAUCAAUGUAUUUAUAUUACAUAUACUCAUGGCCAUAUUUUAUUUAGCCCUGUUCAUUUACAAAAAUCCUAUUUAGGUGUUCCAAACACAAACAAACAAAACAUGCAAUCAAACAAUAAACAAGAGUGGACGCAUGUCUACUUGACAGGAGGAUGGAGUGUCUGAGAUGUGCAUUGCCAUACAGUUUCCUUACAAGUCUAAUUAAAUACUUUUGUAAAGACUGAAAUCUCUCAUUUUUCACAUUUCCAAUUCAGUUUCCAAAUCAAAUGUUUCAUUGCAAAAUAAGGUAU